UACUCCGAGACCGAUGCCGACCCCCAUAAUGCUAACCGCGGGUUCUUUUACGCCCACAUGGGCUGGUUGUUUGUCGAACCCCAUCCCGAGGCGUGUAUGACAUGUAAACUCCACAAUCAAUACACCAAAAAUGUGGAUUUAAGCGAUUUAUUAGAGGACCCUAUAGUUUACUACCAGAAAAAGUUUUACUUACCUCUGGUGAUUAUCAUAUGGUUUGUCAUACCGGUGCUAUUACCAUGCUACUGGUGGCACGAGACAUUCAGCAAUUCACUAGCCAUUAGCAUCACCAGAUACCAUGCUUCAUUGUGCAUUCAUGUCGCUCAUCUCUGGGGCAUUCGUCCAUAUGAUAAGAACAUUAAUCCAGCUGAAAGUCAAUCGGUAACCUGGCUCACCAUUGGAGAAGGUUAUCACAAUUAUCAUCACGUGUUUCCAUAUGAUUACUCGACGGGAGAGUAUGGUUGGGAGGACAAUUUCAACAUAACCACCCUACUCAUCGACUAUUGUGCCCGUUAUGGACUGGCCUACGACCUCAAAAAGCCCACUCCACUGACCAUUGAACAGACGCGUACCAACCGAGGCCUACCCGAUGUGGUCAAUAAGCCUAAUAUACCGGCCGUCGACUACCUGACCGGCAUAGGCGUGCAAACGUGGCUCAUAUGGGUGCCCAUCACCUGUAGAUUCAUUAGAGUGUUAAUCGGUUUUUAGAUGUUUUUUCAAUUCAUAUAAUUGUUUAUUUCAAAACAUUUUUAUUUAUUGAAUUGUGUUUUACGUUUUGAUUGGCU